AUGGGAGUUCCCACAGUGACUGCUACCCGAAUACUGAAAGGACAACUCCAAAAAAAACUUGGAGAAGGAACUGUGCUAGCAAUGGAGUCAUUUCCACAUCUUGGUCUCUCCAAAACAUACAAUGUUGAUCACCAAGCAGCUGAUAGUGCAGGAACAGCCACUGCUUACCUUUGUGGGGUCAAAGCAAACUAUGGAACCAUUGGACUGAGUGCAGCAGCUAGACGAGGACAAUGUACAACAACUUUUGGCAAUGAGGUCAUGUCAGUACUUAAGAGGGCAAAAGAUGCAGGAAAGUCGGUUGGCAUCGUGACAACCACUCGGGUUCAACAUGCUUCUCCAGCUGCUACAUAUGCCCAUGUUGCAGACAGAAAUUGGUACAGUGAUGCUGAAAUGCCACUCGAUGCAAUUAGGAAUGGUUGCAAGGACAUUGCUUUUCAGCUCAUAAAUAACACAGAUAUUGAUGUCAUACUUGGAGGAGGAAGAAUGUACAUGACUCCUGAAGGGACACCUGAUCCUGAAUACCCAGAGAACCCCAGUCAAAAUGGCACUCGAAAAGAUAAAGAAAAUCUGAUUGAGAAAUGGCUCAGUAUCAAAGAAGAUGCACAAUAUGUGUGGAAUAAAGAACAGUUUGAUGCUGUCAAUGUGAAUAAAACUAAGUAUUUGAUGGGUUUGUUUGAACCCAGGGAUAUGAAAUAUGAGUUAAAUCGAAAUAAGACUAUGGAUCCUUCUAUUGUUGAAAUGACUGACAAGGCCAUUCGAAUUCUUCAGAAGAAUCCCAAAGGAUUUUUUCUUUUUGUUGAGGAUAAUGGUAGAAUUGAUCAUGGACAUCAUGAUGGAACAGCAGUGCAAGCUUUAAAUGAAGCAGUUAAAUUUGAUGAAGCUAUUGAAAGAGCCAGUCACUUGACAAGUGAUGUUGACACUCUCACUGUAGUAACUGCAGAUCAUUCACAUAUGUUCGCAUUUGGUGGAAAAGCUCUUCGUGGCAAUCCAAUAUUUG